AUUCACUCUUCCCUUCCCUCCCCUCCCUCCUUACAACAAGAACCAAAAAAAAGGGGGCAAGAUCACAAUUCCUGCAUUCCUCACUUAAUUGACGCGACCAACCUCGCUCAAUUCGCCUUCCUGCUGGUUUUGUGGCUGGCCGGAAAUCCGGGGAAAGCUUGUCAACCUUCGGGCUCAAACCACCUCCCAAGUUGAACUACUUUUCUUCUUCCUUCUGUUCUUUGUGUGUUGGUUGGUUUUUGUAUGUUACUUUUCGGGGCCCGAUUUGGCGCGUGAAGAGGUUGUAUAAUUAUACAUACAUAUAUAUAUAUAUAUUUUUCCUUUUUCUUGACGUUCGUUUUUGUUUUGAAAGUUUAGUUGGGGGGGAAAAAACGGGGGCUUUUUUAUCUAUCGUUAUCCAUGACGGUGCUUAUCUGGGGCCUGAUUCUUUUGCUCUGAUGAAGCGAGUACUAGUACUUACAUAGGCUUUUGCACCAUGUCGGACUCUGUGGAUCGAGUCUUCGUCCACGCCCUCAACACCGUGAAACGCAUCCCCCGAACCGGUACCGCCCGGCCACCCGCGUCCGAGCGAUUGAAGCUCUAUGGCUUGUAUAAACAAAGCAUGGAGGGUGAUGUGGAGGGGGUGAUGGAUCGACCGGUCGGGAAUACGGCGGAUGUGUAUGCGGAGUGUGAGAAAUGGGAUGCAUGGUUCGCGCAACGGGGAUUAUCCCGCACCGAGGCGAAACGUCGAUACAUCUCGACGCUGAUCGAGACGAUGCAUCGCUAUGCUUCACAGACGCCCGAGGCUAGGGAGUUGGUUUCGGAGCUCGAAUUCGUCUGGGAUCAGGUUAAGAUCAAUACCUCCGCGUCGUCGGUGUCCAGUAGUAGUCCGGUGCAGGCGGUUGCGCCGCCGUUGUCACACUCCCAGCCGAGCUAUGCCAGUAUCGGGGGUCGCUUGGCUCGUUCCGACUAUGAGCAUUUGAUUGCUACGGCGCGCGGGGAUUCGCGGUUACGGGUGCUUAGUCCGGUUAGUCAACCCGAGGAGGUGUUUCAGCGGCGGCGCGGGUCCCAUGGGGAUCGUGUGCAGGAUGAGGAUGAGGAGGAGGAAGAGGAGUAUGCGGAGGCGCAGGAUACUCUUGACGAAGAUGAUGACGAUCAUGACCAUGAUGAAGGCUCUCAUAACAAUGCCACCGAGGAUGGGAGUGAGCAGGACGCGGAUGAAGCCGUACUACGCGGUCGUGGGCGGACUGGCCCCAAGAAACCCCCGGAUGUCGAUAAUCGGCGAUGGCGGCGGCGAGUCGAGCAGGCCUUGACGAAGAUGACCGCUGAGAUUGCGGCGGUCCGGGAGCAGAUGGAAGCCCGCGCGGUGGCUCAUCGGCGGCGGAAUACUGUCUGGGCGUGGUUGAAAUGGCUCGUUUGGGUCACGCUUCGGCAGGUCAUUUGGGACCUGGCGAUUCUGGGGAUGAUGCUGAUCUGGAUGCGGAUUCGUGGGGACCGACGGCUGGAGAGUAAGCUCAAGGUCGGAUGGACGGAGGUGAAGACACGGUUGUCGAAGUUGAAAGGGCUUCGACGGGUGUCCAAGGUACAUAAAUGCCCUUAGUGUGUGUGUGUGUGUGUGGCUGUCGUUUGCUUUCCCUUCGAGUACAUAUUCUUUCAUAUAUCCUGAUUAGAUUCCCUUGUCUUUCCUUGUUUAUUUUCUUUUGUCAUGCCAUGUCAAUGUCAGGAGGUUGGAUUGGUGUUGGUUAGAGUCAAGGCUUCACUGUAUUCUAGCAUAGAAGUCGCGUUGCAAUUGCC